UACCCAUACGUCAGAGGUUUUGGCAGCCCGCGGGUGAACUAUUUUCUUCAUUGUUGACCUUUCCUAAAUCUUAGGUGUAAUUAUUUCAUCAUUAGACGUACUCUGGCUGCACCCUUAUUAUCUAGUAUACAUAUUUAGUCAAAGUUUCGGCGAUGGACUCCGAAGAUGACACAAAGGAUGAUGUGGAUUCUGGGAAUGAGUCUAGCGGAGACGAUGUCGACUUUGCAAUGGACGUUGAGACACACAGUACACGGGAACGACAAACGGAGCUUGAGGAAUAUCGAUAUGAGGUGUUAUCCACGGAGGAAAUCGUUCAGCAUAUGGUUGACUGCAUCAAAGAAGUGAACACUGUUGUCGAGAUACCAGCAACAACAACCCGCAUACUCUUAAACCAUUUUAAAUGGGACAAAGAAAAGCUCAUGGAAAGAUUCUAUGAUGGGGACCAGGACCAGUUGUUCUCUGAAGCUAGAGUCAUUAAUCCAUUCAGAAAACCAGUCAUACAAAGGCCGAAGUUACCCAGACGGAUAUCAACAUCAGGGACAGAGGAAUGCGAAAUAUGUUUUUCAGUUCUUCCAACAUCUCUGAUGACAGGUCUGGAGUGUGGCCACAGAUUUUGCACACAAUGUUGGUGUGAAUAUUUAACUACUAAAAUAAUGGAGGAGGGCCUAGGUCAGACAAUAGCGUGCGCGGCUCACGCGUGCGACAUUCUCGUGGACGACGCGACCGUCAUGCGACUGGUGCGGGAUCCGCGCGUCAAGCUCAAGUACCAACACAUUAUCACCAAUAGCUUUGUUGAGUGUAACCGGCUGCUUCGCUGGUGUCCGUCCCCGGACUGCAGUAAUGCGAUCAAGGUGGCGUACGUAGAAGCCGCGCCCGUCACGUGUCGCUGCGGACAUACCUUCUGCUUCGCCUGCGGAGAGAACUGGCAUGAUCCUGUACGCUGCUGUCUGCUCAAGAAGUGGAUUAAGAAAUGCGACGACGAUUCAGAAACGUCGAAUUGGAUCGCAGCAAACACAAAGGAGUGUCCGAAAUGCAACGUGACGAUCGAGAAGGACGGCGGCUGCAACCACAUGGUCUGCAAGAACCAGAACUGUAAGGCAGACUUCUGCUGGGUCUGUCUCGGACCCUGGGAGCCACACGGCAGUAGCUGGUAUAAUUGUAACAGGUACGACGAGGACGAGGCGAAGGCGGCCCGCGACGCCCAAGAGAGGUCGCGAGCGGCGCUGCAGCGCUACCUGUUCUACUGCAACCGUUACAUGAACCACAUGCAGUCACUGCGCUUCGAGUCCAAGCUCUACGCCUCCGUCAAGGAGAAGAUGGAGGAGAUGCAACAGCAUAACAUGAGCUGGAUCGAGGUCCAAUUCUUGAAGAAGGCAGUAGACAUCCUAUGCCAGUGCCGACAGACCUUGAUGUACACGUACGUGUUCGCGUACUACCUACGCAAGAACAACCAGUCCGUCAUCUUCGAGGACAACCAGCGCGACCUGGAGUCUGCCACGGAGACUCUCUCCGAGUACCUCGAGCGUGACAUCACCAGCGAGAACCUGGCUGACAUCAAACAGAAGGUCCAGGAUAAAUAUAGAUACUGCGACAGUCGGCGCAAGGUGUUGCUGGAGCACGUGCACGAGGGCUACGAGAAGGACUGCUGGGACUACACAGAGUAACUUGCCUCACUACACUCACGGACACACACCGCCCCGCGCCACCCCGCGGUCACUCCCGCGGCACGCUUCUCUUUCUAUCCUAUAUAGACUAAAGGCUGCGAACAAAAUCACAUUAUAUCACCUUUCUCCUCGAAUCUGACAAAUUCUACUUAAUUGAGAGAACUCAUUUCUAUACUGACUUAGACUAAUUGAUGUGGAUAGUGAUUAGUUGGAAGGUUCUAGAAUUAUUCCCGCUGGUCCAAGUUCAGCUUUAGCAUAAUAAACCUAACAUGUUUAACAAACAACCCAUGCCUGUAAUGAUUCUAAAUAUAUCUGUAAUUAAGAAGCCGGUCUUCCGUAAAGACAAGGGAUUUUUGACUUUUGAAAUAGUAAUCUACUUAAUGACUACUCAACUCGAUAGGCACUUGAGCUAAUUAUGUAAUUGUAAAAUGUUCAUGACGAUGUAAAUAGGUAUUAACAAAUUGAAAUCAAAAAUAAAAAUUUAAUGGCGCUAGACGCAAUGCUAUUGUUUUUGCAGCUUGAUUAGUCACAAUUUUUAAUAUAAAUAGGUAAUAUUUUAUAAAUCCUAAGGCCACCAUAAUGAUUGUUGUAUUAAUUCAACGACAAUUUAAUUCAAAGUAAUAUAAAUGGUUUAUUUUCGUAAA